GAAAGGGAGACAGAGAGAGCAAGAUCAACCAGCGUCCACCGUCCAACCCUAAAUCCAUGGCUGCCGAGAAUCAGGUGGUCAGAUGACUAUCUCAUCCUAAGUACAUAGACGCAUCGACCAUGGCAUUAAGAUCCAUCCCCCAAGAGGCAAACAAGGGGAUCUGUCUUUUCCCCCACCCUUUUGUCUACUGCUGCCCUUUUCCCUCCUCCCUCAUUCACUAGGUAGUUGGCACCUCCCCAUCACUCCACUCCCUUCCCCUCCCCACCUUUUCACGAAAAGGAAAAAUUUCUCUCCUUUCUCUAUCUACAACACUGUAGUGGUCAUUGUAAUAGCACCCACUGCAGCAACUUCUGCUACUGAUCUCACACCCAAUAACUCCAACACUGCCUUUUCCCCGCCUCCCCACAACUGGAUCUGCCCCUUCUCCCUUCCUCACAUUCCUCUCUUCACUCUCUUCAUGCCCAUUUUCUUUCUUCUUUCUUUUCUGGUUGGUGGUUGUUGCUUCCCUUAUUCUGAGCAUUUUCUUUACUUUUGCCUCACUCAUUGACUGUGACAUCCUAACCAAGCCCAUAUUGUUAACUUAUCUUUGGAAUGUGGUAUGGCUGCUUGAUUUCUUAGGCUGCUUGGGUUUGUGGGUGAUGGUGGUGGAGGGGUAGAGAGCGGGGGAGAUGGGCUUUGGUUGGCGUCGUGGAACGCUAUUGCUGUUUGGGGGAGGUGGAGGAAAGGGUUUUGAAGAAUGGGUUUUAGGGGGUAGGCUCUUGCUUGGGUCCGUUGGUGGAAGUGAGGGCUUGUUGAUGGUUCAAGUGAGGUUUGUGAUGGGUUGUUGACCAGACUGGAGGGCGGCGAAGAAGGAGAUGGUGAUCCUGCGGUUGGAUCUUCUCUUCGUGGCGAUUGGCUUCUCGGUUCUGAGUUUCGGUUUGCUGGUGCAUGGAAAUGUUCUGCUGCCUGUACACUUGCCUCCAGUGGCUUCUCCAAGAAAACAAAUAGCCGUUGGUGAUCCAUCUGUGAAUCACGGGGUCUCAUAUCCCCAGCCACUGCAUUUUGCUUUGAUGCUUAUGAAACACAAAUCGAGGAGGCAUUCCUUCAUUCCAUUCCGGCAUUCAGGAAGAGGAUAUAACUUUGGUCAUGCACACCCUCCUUCAGGAAGUGCUUCCAGACAUCUGCCACCAAGAGCUGCAUCUCCCCCUCAAGCUGGAGCGCCCAAACCUGCUUAUGGUCCAUCACAUCCAACUCACACAUGGAUUCACAGGCAUUCUCACCGUCCUGUGCAUUCUCACUCACUGCCUCCUAGUCAUCCAGGGCCUGUUAUUAGUCCUAGUGGUGCUCCGUCAAAGUCACAUAAUGAUACUACAGUUGUUAGUUCACCUGAAGCAUCUUCGCCAAAAGCCAGUGAAGGUUGCGAACAAAAUAGUUGCAUUGAUCCUUUAACGUCAACUCCAAUUGGUUCACCUUGCGGAUGUGUUUUGCCAAUCCGUGUUAAACUCAAGCUUGGAGUAGCUUCUUAUGCAGUGUUCCCUCUUAUUGCUGAGUUGGAAAUUGACGUGGCAGGAGGCACAUAUCUAAAACAAAGUCAAGUAAGGAUCAUGGGUGCUGAUGCAGAUAAUCAAGAUCAGGAAAAAACAGUUGUGAAUAUUGAUCUGGUUCCUCUUGGGGAAAAGUUUGAUAAUGCAACUGCUUUAUUGAUUUAUGAGAGGUUUUGGCAAAAAAAAGUGGCAAUAAAUGCUUCCCAUUUUGGUGACUAUGAAGUUGUUUAUGUUCAUUAUCCAGGGCUUCCUCCCUCCCCACCACUGAGCCCAGGUGGUGGCUCCAUUUCUGGUACUGAACAGCCUUUUGUGGCAAAGGUUAUCAGCAGAAAUGUGAAGAUGAAUGGUAGGACAGUUGCUGUUAUUGUGUUAUCCUCAGUUGUUGCUUUCUUAGUAUGCUCUGGGGCCUUUUGGAUUCUCCUCUUGAAGUGCAAGAAGUACAGACGUGCAUCCUCUGCUGAUGGUGCUGCUUUUACUUCCUCAAUCAUAAAAAGAUCUGGUAUUAGAUCGCUACUGUCAAGCAGCAUGGGAAGCUCAAUGUCGAUGUCGCUUGUAUCCAGUGUCGCUCCCUGCAUGCUCUCAGUCAAGACAUUUUCACUAGUGGAACUUGAGAGAGCUACAGAUGGGUUUAGUUAUGAAAAGGUCCUUGGUGAGGGUGGUUUUGGACGUGUGUAUCAUGGAGUUUUAGAUGAUGGAACAGAAGUUGCAGUUAAAGUGCUGACAAAGGAUAAUCAGAAUGGAGAUCGCGAGUUUAUAUCUGAAGUAGAGAUGCUCAGUCGCUUGCACCACAGAAAUCUUGUCAAACUGAUUGGUAUUUGUAUUGAGGAGCAUAACCGCUGUCUGGUGUACGAACUUAUACAUAAUGGAAGUGUUGAAUCUCACUUGCAUGGUGCAGACAAGCAAAAUGCACCACUUGACUGGGAUGCACGUAUGAAGGUUGCCCUUGGUGCUGCAAGGGGGCUUGCUUAUCUUCAUGAAGAUUCAAAUCCACGUGUCAUACAUCGUGACUUCAAGGCGAGCAAUGUGUUGUUAGAGAAUGAUUUCACUCCUAAAGUUUCAGAUUUUGGUUUGGCUAGGGAAGCCUCUGAUGGAAGUCAGCAUAUAUCCACUCGAGUGAUGGGAACUUUUGGGUACGUGGCACCUGAAUAUGCAAUGACUGGGCAUCUACUUGUUAAGAGUGAUGUGUACAGUUACGGAGUUGUAUUGCUGGAACUUCUCUCAGGCAGGAAGCCAGUGGACAUGUCUAAACCUCCUGGGCAGGAGAACCUUGUAACAUGGGCACGCCCACUGCUGACAAGCCAGGAAGGGCUUGAACGGCUGGUAGAUCCCUCAUUGAGUGGAAAAUACAACUUUGACAAUAUGGCGAGGGUGGCAGCAAUUGCCUCAAUGUGUGUUCACCCUGAGGUGUCUCAGAGGCCAUUCAUGGGUGAAGUUGUCCAAGCAUUGAAACUUGUGUAUAAUGAUGCGGAUGAGGCUUGUGAAGAUUGUCAGAGUCAUAGAGAAGAUUCAUCAGGUCCUGAGUGUGAUUUCAGGCCUGGUUUUACUCCUGAAAACAGUUGGUGGCAAAGAGAACGACCAGGUUACGAAUAUGGUUCAUCUUUUAUUACAACCAUGGAGUAUAGUUCAGAUCCUCUUGAUGGUAUCGAAAGGCCACAUUCCACGUUAACCUUUGAGGGGGGGCGCAUCUUGGAUUUACGUGGAUCGCCGUCAAGGUGGCAGAACAGAUCAUGUCCUGUAAUCCACAGCAAACCAUCCUUUUACAGGUUGAGGGGGAGUAUGAGCGAACAUGGGUUUUUUGCAAUGCGCGAGCCACAUGGUUAUGGACAGCCUUCAGGUUUGAGAUAGGAGGCCCCUGCGAUAUUCUUUCAAUUGUACAGUCUAUUACUGCAAGCAUAUUAUCUCAUGUGCUGGCUGUAAUUCUCUUAUCGUAUGUAUACUGGAUGCCGUUGCUGUGGUCCUCUGUGUUGUAAAGAGGAUUCAUGGCCUCUAAUUUUGCAUACUAAUUCAUUCCACAUGUUUUUUGUUUUUAUUGAUUCUGUAGUCCUGAACUGUAUGUAAUUCUCGAUCAUCAGUUUGCUUGA